CUUCAUGGCAAGUCCGCUGUUUCUCGCGAACGCUCUUGCCGUCUAACAGCAGAGUUUACAGCGCGACAGCGUUCCAGAAACAGCGUCUCCAACCAUUUUAUGUGAGGAAUGCGAGUUUACAUUUUCUCCCCAUCGAAAGAUCUGCUGGCCUUUCACGUCGGAAAACAUUCGUUCAAUUAUGCUCCCAGCUCAACGGAAGCUUCAUUGUUAUCGGAAUGGAUAGAGGAAGCUGAGAGCGAACAUGGAAGAUACACCGGUGAAAUCGAUAGGCUGAGAUCCAUAAUGAAAAAGCUGGAGAGGGAGAGGGCGUAUCUUCAACGGUAUAUUGAUGAGUACCGUACCCUUCUCUCUCCGAUUCGUAAACUCCCACCAGAGAUUUUAACGGAGAUAUUCUCGCUGCAUUGCCAGGCUCCGAGUUGGCUGCGACGGCCGGUUAUAGCACCACCGAUGAUAAUCGCACAGACCUGUUCGUUUUGGAGGCAAUUAGCUCUCGAUACACCCUUGUUAUGGGCCUCAUUCCACGUCACUCUUUCGCCCUUUCCGGGGAAUAUUCAGUUACUCAGCACUUAUCUUCACCGGUCCAAGGAUCUGCCCUUGACUGUCGAACUUGAUUACAGGGAGCCGAAUGAUUGUCUUGUUCUCAAGACCCUUUUGGAACAUUCUUGGAGGUGGAAGCGCUUUCUCUUGUACGGUGCUGACCGCCUGAGUUCUAUCGAGUCGCCACUCAUCCUUCCGUUAUUGAAAUCACUCGAACUUUCAACGAUCACAUCCUCCAGGGUCACUUCCAUCUUCAAAAAUGCGUUGGCGCUGAAAAGGUUGACUUUGGAUAAUGUCUCUGUCCACACAAUCGAACUGGAAACUCUUCCCUGUUCGCGGUUGACUUCGGUCACUGUCAGACGCCUUUCUGUCAGCGACGCCUUGCACGUUCUUCACAAUUGCCCCAACGUAGAGAAAGUGACCAUUUCCACUCGCAAUUUCACGCACUGGCUACACGGCGCCGUGCAUUUUGACCAACCUGUCCGUUUAUCCUCGUUGACCACAUUGACAUUCACGACAGAGCUCUUCUGUCCCCUCUUUAGGAAUCUCAUUACCCCAUCGCUGACCACGUUGACGGUUGCUGCUCCCACUGAGCCGUACGAUAUGGAAGUUUGGCCACAAAGUGAAUUCGUUGCGUUCCUGCAGAGAUCUGCCUGCCCGUUACGGUAUCUCAGUCUCGUGAACAUCGAGCUGAGUGACGCUGACCUACUCUCGAUUUUCCAACACACUCCUUUACUCACUCAUCUGAGUGUCAAGGAGAAUCCCAGACCUGAUCUUCCGGGUCUGAUCACGAACCGUGUUCUCCGUCGCCUUACCUUCCCGAAGACUUCUGCAAAUACUCAAUACCCACCCCUCCCUCAUUUGCAGUUCAUUGACUUCGUCACGCACCCAUCACGGAUAGACUAUGGUCUUAUGAUCGAUUUGUUGUCGUCGAGGUCCUCUCCUCUCGCGAAAAGGCAUGGAUUUUCGGUACUCAAAGAUGUCUCGGCGAGGCAGGGAUUCAUCAAUGCUUCAGAGAGCGAGGUUCCUCACCAUGUCAUCCCAAGAGUUGAUGUUCCGUUGAUGCCAUUAAUCGAUGGGAUAACGAAUCGUAUAUUUGCUCUGGGUGGUUCAAUCGUGACCCCCGUUUUUUCUUCAAUUCGUUUGAUAAUACCGAUCGCAUGAUAAAGACAAUCUUUAUGAUUUUGAGACUGCGUUUUGUAAUGUAUUGCAUAUCAUUCGCCCGGCUCUUCCUGUAACUCGUUGUAUAUACCAACUGGGCGAUGAGGUGACAAACGCGCGACCUUUCUAGACCUUCCUUCGUAC